AUGAUUGGUCAAGCUGGCGCAGGAUCUACAGGAUGCCAAGCAGGCUGUGCAGCGAAAAAGGCAAGGGGGGAAAGGGAUACAUUCAUGAGGGUUCCACCCGAAGACCGAAGGCAGAGAGAGGGAGAGGGAGAACAUCCAAUGGAACAAUUUCGAAACCAGCUGCAGCAAAAGCAAUUCCCUACUAACAACCUUCCUCCUACAAAAGAGACACCAGCAGAUAGGAGCAGCAAAAGCUGCGUGCUACUGUUCUUCGCGGAGUCAAUCGCGGAGUCGACUGGCUCCAGUUAUGGGGAGAUUAACCCCCAUCCACAUCCUUUGCAACGUCCAAUCCUGGGGGCGGAACGGCUGGACGGCGUGUGGCUUUCCCCAAACGCGCCUGCAAGGGCCUGCAGACAUGCAGCAUACUGGUGUAUGUGUCACAGGAUAAUGGUGGUGGUAACGGUUAACGAGAAGAAGCGCAUCCUCCGAUCCCGGUCGUGGUCGCGGACUCACUGCCAAAUUCCGGAACACGAAGGAAGGCGCAAAGAAAUUUCGAGGAAUGCUGGUUUGCCCCAGUUGCGAACCGCAAGGGAGGGCGAAAGAACCAGUCCAACCCUUGCGGCAUCCACUAAUGAGAUGGCAACUGGGGAGGAGGGAGGGGGCGCUUUCGGCCCGCCCCCCAAGUGGUCGAAAUUUGGCCAGUUCCGAGGGUCCUCACGCCUUUGUGGAUUGGUGGUACAAAACCCCCCCACCCCCCCAUACACACACGCACACGCACAACUAAUCAAUCAGCCAAUCCCGGCAGAGGUUGAUGAGCAACGUGUUUCCUAUUUGAGGUUGGCGCCUGUAAACGCUGUGCUCACGAGCAUGGCCCUCGGGGCGUCUUUUCCAGGCCUUGGCGCGAUAGGGGCCAUAUCGUUUCAAAGUCCUUCUCCUUCUCUUUACUCCCUUUGGUCAAGUGUCAUUCUGGGUGGCGGAUGGAUCAUGAUGUUGAGUUCUAGAAUGACAUGGACCUUUUUCUCACCAGUGCAUUCUGAUCGGAUGUUGUUGUACUACCACGUAGUCCUUGUCAAGAAAGGUUUAUACGUCAGCACUAGGAAGAAGCCAUACAGAAGGUUCCAUGGAGUGACACGGCAGGCGAAGACUCGAGCAGGCGUACAAGAUCUACGCCUCCCUUGA